GAAUUGUGUUGGCAAUACGUGUUACAUAAAAAUAAAUACAUAUAAAAAAAAUUUAACCUAAUUACAAACUAAUCAAAAUCAGACUUUUUGUGCUUGUGUUCUUGGUUGUUUCAUUAAAAACCAGUUUAAAUUCGCGAUGUUUAAAUCCAACAUUACAAGAAUGCUGUCACUAACUCCAAAAUUAAGGGCAAGAUUAAUAAAAUUCAGAUAUGGUCCAGCAAGAGAUCAACAAACCUCAUCAGCUGCUACUCCAGCUUCAGCUGGAUCUAUUCAGCAUCACCAAAACCAACAGCCAGGAGAAGCAUUAUGGGAUUUCCAAAUCCCAUCGAGGUGGAAAAGACGGCCUUUGACUGAAGAAGAAAUAGCGGUCAUUAAUAACGGAGGACCUCUAUAGUGUCUCAGGUUUAUCAUUGUAGUGAAACCAACCAACAACAUUAGAUACUGUUUUAGAUUUCAAAAGCAGUGCUAAAAGUAGUUUUUAUGAAUAUUUAUAUUAAAAUCAUCAAGUAAAGGUAAUCGUUAUUUUGA